AUGGCCGCGAACGCUGUCUUAUCGCCAUCACAGCCACGCCCUGGACUCCCUGCCGGCUCUACCCACCCCUCAGCUGCCGCCGCUGCCUCCGCCGAUGCGCGUGCUUCAUCCCACCUUCUCGCAUCGCUUCCUCAGUCCAGCCCCGGUCUUCUCUCCGCCUCUGUCUCCCCCUCAGCUCCCGCCGCGGCUAUCUCACCCUCCUCCGCCAAUCCGCCUGCUCCAUCCCACCUUCUCGCAUCGCUUCCUAAGUCCAGCCCCGGUCUUGCCUCCGCCUCUGUCUCCCCCUCAGCUCCCGCCGCGGCUAUCUCACCCUCCUCCGCCUAUGCGCCUGCUUCAUCCCACCUUCUCGCAUCGCCUCCUCAGUCCAGCCCCGGUCUUCCCUCCGCCUCUGUCUCCCCCUCAGCUCCCGCCGCGGCUAUCUCACCCUCCUCCACCUAUGCGCCUGCUUCAUCCCACCUUCUCGCAUCGCCUCCUCAGUCCAGCCCCGGUCUUCCCUCCGCCUCUGUCUCCCCUUCAGCUCCCGCUGCGGCUAUCUCACCCUCCUCCGCCAAUCCGCCUGCUUCAUCCCACCUUCUCGCAUCGCUUCCUCAGUUCAGCCCCGGUCUUCCCUACGCCUCUGUCUCCCCCUCAGCUCCCGCCGCGGCUAUCUCACCCUCCUUCGCCAAUCCGCCUGCUUCAUCCCACCUUCUCGCAUCGCUUCCUCAGUCCAGCCCCGGACUUGCCUCCGCCUCUGUCUCCCCCUCAGCUCCCGCCGCGGCUAUCUCACCCUCCUCCGCCUAUGCGCCUGCUUCAUCCCACCUUCUCGCAUCGCCUCCUCAGUCCAGCCCCGGUCUUCCCUCCGCCUCUGUCUCCCCUUCAGCUCCCGCUACGGCUAUCUCACCCUCCUCCGCCAAUCCGCCUGCUUCAUCCCACCUUCUCGCAUCGCUUCCUCAGUUCAGCCCCGGUCUUCCCUACGCCUCUGUCUCCCCCUCAGCUCCCGCCGCGGCUAUCUCACCCUCCUCCGCCUAUGCGCCGGCUUCAUCCCACCUUCUCGCAUCGCCUCCUCAGUCCAGCCCCGGUCUUCCCUCCGCCUCUGUCUCCCCUUCAGCUCCCGCCGCGGCUAUCUCACCCUCCUCCGCCUAUGCGCCUGCUUCAUCCCACCUUCUCGCAUCGCCUCCUCAUCCAGCCCCGGUCUUCCCUCCGCCUCUGUCUCCCCUUCAGCUCCCGCCACCCUCCUCCGCCUAUGCGCCUGCUUCAUCCCACCUUCUCGCAUCGCCUCCUCAGUCCAGCCCCGGUCUUCCCUCCGCCUCUGUCUCCCCCUCAGCUCCCGCCGCGGCUAUCUCACCCUCCUCCGCCUAUGCGCCUGCUUCAUCCCACCUUCUCGCAUCGCCUCCUCAGUCCAGCCGCGGUCUUCCCUCCGCCUCUGUCUCCCCCUCAGCUCCCGCCGCGGCUAUCUCACCCUCCUCCGCCUAUGCGCCUGCUUCAUCCCACCUUCUCGCAUCGCCUCCUCAGUCCAGCCCCGGUCUUCCCUCCGCCUCUGUCUUCCUCCCAGCCACCCUUGCUGCUCUCUCGCCCUCCUCCGCCUAUGGGCAUGCUCCCUCCUCUCGUCUCACCCCGUUCACACAGACCACCGGUCUUCCCUCCGCCAUCGCCUCACAAGCUACCCUUUCCGCUCUCUCACCCUUCCUUGCUGGUGUGCAAGCUUCAGCACAUGCCCGCACCUCACCUUUACAAUCUGGUCUCCCUUUCCCCGUCGCUUCCCUCCCUGCUACCUUCGGAGCUCUCUCACCCUCUUCCGCCUAUGGGUUCAAUUCCUCCCACCCUCUCACCUCACCUCUACAGUCAUGCCCUGUUAAUGGCUCCGCCUCCGCCACUGCAGCCGCUACACAGACUCCGUCUUUCAUCCGUUCUCAUCCUUCGUCCGGCCAGCUUGCUGCUGCCGCUUUCUUAUCCCCUGGACUAGCAUCAGCCUCGGCCUUCCCUCUUCGUGCUCCUGCUGCUCGCUCCCCCACUUCGGCCGUGACGCUGCGAGCUCUGCCUUCAGUUUCCCCCGCACCCUCUUCUUCAACGCCCCUUUCCGCCUCCCAUCUGCCACAGGCAAAGAGUCAGAUGAUGACUCGCUUUUUGAUUAUGGUCCCGAGAGGGAAUCCGGGGGCGUUGCUGCACCACACCAUGGUGCAUCGAGGGGCCUUCGCGCCCAACUGGAAGCAUCGCAGGCAGAACGCCGUGCUCUGGCUCGUCGUGUGA